AUGGUGAAAAUUGCUUUUAUAUCUGUAAAAGGAACAUCAGUUACUCUUGAUAUAUCAGGUAAGUUUAAUCCUGAUACAGUUUCUGCACAGCUCUGCAAGGAGCUUAACUUAGAAAAGCAAAAGUUUUUAUUUUAUCAAAAUAACUUUGUAAUCUCGAAAGAGAUCCCUAUCGAUGAAAUCGUUAAAGCACAAUGCCCGAUUGUGUAUAGAAAAACACCUACAUCUCAUUCUAGACCAAAAGCUCAAAUUACUUCAGGAAUUCAAGAUCUCCAUAACGCGGUUGAACAAUCGUUAAUGAAUACUACAACAUCGAAGCCUAGAAUCUAUAAUUCUUACGAAAACGUGAUCGCGCAUGAGAAGAAACGCUCUGCAAAGGAUCCAGACAACAUGGACGACAUGGUCAAGAAAUUAAUGGAAGCAGGCUUUGCAAAAGACAGUGUUAUUCGUGCUCUUAGAAAAAACGAUUACAAUCCAGAGCAAGCUGUUGAUUAUUUGCUGAAUGGAGAGAGCAAUGAUAUCCAAAUCCCAGCGCUGCUUAGACUGCUCUUCAACGAAGAGCAAAUCCAAAGAAUUACAAUGAUUUUCAAGCGAGAAGAUUUGCCAAGACCAAAUACACCUUAUUACAGACAUUUUAAUGAAGAAAGCUUCACACAAAGCGAUACAAACUACACACCGGCCAACGAGAGAAAUGCUCGUGAGGACGUACAAAGAAUCCAAAGAAGAAUUCUGGAUGAUAUUAAUAAUUUCAACCAAGCACAAGCUGAUUACAACAAUGGCCUUAGAAAUUCCAACUCAGAAACCGAGAAACGCCGAAUUGCCGAGAAUAUCCAUAAUAACGAGAUCAAACAUGAAAAAAACCAAGAACGUUUACAACAAGACCUCCAAAGAGCUCAGAACAGACUAGAACAGAUUCUUGUCUCCAAGAGAGAGGCCGGAAUAGAGGAUGAAAGGCCUCCUCCACUUAGAAGACCAAGAGUUAACCCUGAGUUGCAGCCAACACUUAAUAGCCUUACUGAUGAUGAAGUUAGGCAGCUUAUGGAUAUUAGAGGUCAGUUUGACGAAAUUCUUCAGAUGUAUGUGAUUCUUGAUAAGAAUAUCGAUUCGGUGAGGGCUGCUAUGGAAUAA